GAAACAGAGAAAUACCUUAUGUUAGAGUCCCUGAACCUCCCCGACGACUCUCAUCUUCUUCAUAAACUCAUCCACGUAGAACACCGUGUUUUUGUUGCCAGCUGUCAAACAAAAAUAUUAGGAAUGGGGGCUCUCCUCAGCUACUUUCGGGGCCUAAUUGGUUCUCGAGAGAUGCGUAUAUUGAUCCUUGGACUGGACGGUGCAGGCAAAACAACAAUCCUAUAUCGGUUACAAGUUGGCGAAGUUGUGACUACUAUUCCAACUAUAGGUUUCAACGUAGAACAAGUUACAUACAAAAAUCUCAGGUUCCAAGUGUGGGACUUAGGAGGUCAGACUAGUAUCAGACCGUAUUGGAGAUGCUACUAUUCCAACACAGAUGCCAUCAUAUAUGUGGUGGACUCAGCUGACAGAGACAGAAUAGGCAUUUCUAAACAAGAACUUGUUUCCAUGUUAGAGGAAGAUGAACUGAAAUCUGCUAUAUUAGCAGUUCUGGCUAAUAAACAAGAUAUGGAAGGUGCAAUGACAGUUGCUGAGGUUCACUCGGCCUUGGGUUUGGAUGCCCUCAAGACACGGACUUUCCAGAUAUUCAAGACUUCAGCUAUAAAAGGUGAAGGCUUAGACCAAGCGAUGGACUGGUUAGCUAAUGCUCUUGCUACCAGAAAAUGAGACACAUUUGCAGCAUAGACAGAAUGAUGGAUGGUGUAAUGUGUGUGUGAGGUUGUCAUCUGCCUUCGCUCAUCAGAUGCUCUCUACCCCUAACCUGGAAGAUGUGCUUUGGACAAUUAUUCUUAUGUCUCAAGUUUUAAAAGAUGUAGUAAAUUAUAUGUGAAUUCAGUUCUUGGUUACAAGGGAGAUGUGCAGUCUGACAAGCGAGGGUAACUACUUGUGGUUUAAAUUUUUAUUGUGUGUAAAUGGAGCUGUGCAAAUUUGAUGCAAUGUGUAUGUGAUUUUAUAUCUCAACAUUUUGUUAUUUCUUUUUUACCAAGGGGGAUAUUAGAUAACAAGAUAAAACUUAGGAUGUUUAGACUAUUCCAAGUGUUAAUUUGGCAGUCAUGUGGAUUAGAGUUGAAUUUUAAAAUUAUUGUGGAUGAAUAAUUGAAGGUUGCCAUCUGCAGACAUCUUAUAUGUCCCUCAACAUUCAUAAUAUUGGUCUACACAAGGUUGUUUUUAUUUAAGAGUUUUGCCUUGAAUUUGAUGUUUUUGUGUAGAUUUGUCAUGUGAAAAUUUUUCACUUACCGUAUAUAUCGGCCUGCAAGGCGACGUGGUGUAUAAGAUGACCCCAAAAAUUUCCAUUUAAAAAGUAGGUAUUGAGCUCUAUUCGCUGUAUAAGACCGGUACCCCAAAUGUGACACUUACCAUUGGGAGCUUACUGACCCAGUAGUCCUUUACCAACCAUCCCAUUGAC